CCGACGGCAUUAAAUUGUAAACAUUAGCAGCCCGGGACUCUCCUCUCUCUCUCUCUGUCUGUCGGGAUGGAAAUAUAAAGGUCAACCCCAAGGUGUGGGACCAAACAUUGUUCUUCAGUGCAUGGACGCAAAGCCAAUGCGCAGGCCCUGUUCAGACCUGGUAUUAACAUGCGUCCUGAGUGAUGGGAUCACAAGUGGACAGCUCUAAGUUCAGGGUCACCAGCGCACGCCAAGACGCCACUGGAAUGGACAUCACCAGCCGCUGUACUCUGGGGGACCCCAACAAGCUCCCUGAAGGGGUCCCCCAGCCUGCACGCAUGCCCUAUGUCUCGGACAAACACCCACGGCAGACCCUGGAGGUGAUCAACCUGUUGAGAAAACACCGCGAGCUCUGCGACGUGGUGCUGGUGGUGGGCGCCAAGAAGAUUUACGCUCACCGCGUGAUCCUGUCCGCCUGCAGCCCUUACUUCAGGGCGAUGUUCACUGGAGAGCUGGCAGAGAGCAGGCAGACUGAAGUGGUUAUCCGCGACAUCGAUGAGAGAGCCAUGGAGCUGCUCAUUGACUUUGCCUACACCUCACAGGUGACGGUAGAGGAGGGGAACGUCCAGACGCUGCUGCCCGCAGCCUGCCUUCUCCAGCUGGCUGAGAUCCAGGAGGCCUGCUGCGAGUUCCUCAAGAGGCAGUUGGAUCCCUCCAACUGUCUGGGCAUCAGGGCCUUUGCGGACACACACUCCUGCCGCGAGCUGCUCCGCAUUGCAGACAAGUUCACCCAGCACAAUUUUCAGGAGGUAAUGGAAAGUGAAGAGUUCAUGCUGCUGCCUGCCAACCAGUUGAUCGACAUCAUUUCCAGCGAUGAGCUGAACGUGCGGAGCGAGGAGCAGGUUUUCAACGCUGUGAUGGCCUGGGUGAAAUACAGCAUCCAGGAACGCAGACCACAGCUACCCCAGGUCCUGCAGCAUGUCCGCCUGCCACUGCUCAGCCCCAAGUUCCUGGUGGGCACCGUUGGGUCGGACCCUCUCAUUAAGAGUGACGAGGAGUGCAGAGACCUGGUUGAUGAGGCCAAGAAUUACCUGCUGCUGCCGCAGGAGAGGCCACUGAUGCAGGGCCCCAGAACCCGGCCGAGGAAACCCAUUCGCUGUGGAGAGGUACUCUUCGCAGUUGGUGGCUGGUGCAGCGGCGACGCCAUCUCCAGCGUGGAGCGUUACGACCCGCAGACCAACGAGUGGCGGAUGGUAGCGUCGAUGAGUAAACGGCGGUGUGGAGUCGGCGUCAGCGUUCUGGAUGACUUGCUGUACGCGGUUGGAGGACAUGAUGGCUCGUCGUACCUCAACUCCGUGGAGAGAUACGAUCCGAAGACCAAUCAGUGGAGCAGUGAUGUGGCCCCCACAAGCACUUGUCGUACCAGCGUUGGGGUGGCUGUCCUCGGUGGUUAUUUGUACGCUGUAGGGGGACAGGAUGGGGUUUCCUGUCUCAACAUUGUAGAAAGGUAUGAUCCCAAGGAGAACAAAUGGACUCGUGUGGCCUCCAUGAGCACCAGGCGACUGGGUGUAGCUGUCGCUGUGCUCGGGGGCUUCCUGUAUGCCGUAGGAGGGUCCGAUGGGACGUCGCCAUUAAAUACAGUGGAACGCUACAACCCUCAAGAGAACCGCUGGCACACGGUGUCUCCCAUGGGAACCAGGAGGAAGCACCUCGGCUGUGCCGUCUACCAGGACAUGAUCUACUCGGUCGGAGGCAGAGACGACACCACGGAGCUGAGCAGCGCAGAGCGAUACAACCCGAGGACGAACCAGUGGUCUCCGGUAGUGGCCAUGACGUCCAGACGGAGCGGGGUGGGCUUGGCUGUGGUAAACGGUCAGCUGAUGGCAGUGGGAGGCUUUGAUGGGACGACGUAUCUCAAAACUAUAGAAGUGUACGACCCUGAUGCCAACACAUGGAGGUUGUACGGAGGAAUGAACUACCGCCGGCUAGGUGGGGGGGUGGGCGUCAUUAAAAUGACUCACUGUGAAUCUCACAUAUGGUAACACCAACCCCCCCACCACCACCCACCCACACACACACACACACACACACACACACACUACACACACACUCUCUCACACUACUCAUCACGUUGCAAUGGAUGCCUCUUUUCACCGACUCCCGUGCCUCUGAAAGAGACGCCGUAAUUGACGCGAGGACGAGAAAGACAUGGGGGGGUCGGGAGGGGGAGACGAGACGGAGAGAGGAACAAACUUUUGAACUCUAGCUCAUCCCUCAACCCCCACGCUGAGGUCAUUGGAAGACCCUGGUCGUCUUCAUCGAUUGGUCACCACGAAGUGCACUGAGAGCAGAAGUCUACCAUUAAGCUUCCAGUUUGGAGCGGACGGUCCUUCUCCUGGGACGUCUCCAAGCCUCUCGGUCUGGGACAUUUGAUUCGGCGCGAGCGAUGGAACUUAACAAAGAUUGCUGCUGGGGGGAGAUUAGCUUACAUUUCUGAGAUUUCCAAGAAGGUCAAGCAUCAGGUCACUGGUAGAGGGCUUUUCUUUUCAGUCUGUGGAAGCCUCGAUCACUUUUCCUUGUCUUAAAAUUGCACCACGGGGACAAAUAAAGUGUUUUAUUUUUUUUUUUAUCUGAAUCUUGAAA